GAGAGUAGCCGCAAGCAACAGCCUGGGCAGUGUAGCCUGGCUGGUCGCGUGGGGUGGUGCUGAUGCUCCGGCACCUGUGAGCUUUAAACCAGCACCUGUAAGCUGCGACGACAUCUUCCAUCGCUCAGUCUUGAAAGCAGUGUUCGAUCAGGAAGUCCGUAAUAAACGUUGUUAGGAGUGGAAGCUUCAGAAGCAGAUAAAUACACACACUCACACAAAAAAGGGGGGAAUGUCGAGGUGUAGGGUUGAGAUACUCUGCUUGUUGCUGGUGUUAUGGCCUCGUUUCGCCACCAUGAUACUGGUCUGUCCGGUGGGGAGCCAAGAUAUUACUCUCACCGAGGGCGAAAAGGCCUUCUUUCGUUCAGAUAUAUCAGACUCCACGCUUGUACUAAGUUCCGACUCGUGUGAUUUAUAUAAGACUUACUUUGUGAACUUUACGGUGUAUGAACAACUAGGAAAGAACGCGACGAUGCAAGAUUUAAGAGGUUGGCAAUGGUACGAGGUUAGCUUUGACACUGAAGGUUUUACGUUUCACUUGACUUUAAUGGGCACGAACACUAUCAAAUUUACAUAUUUAUGGGACCCAUUUGGUUGUAACUUAACAAGUGGAGUUCAAAUUAGUGCUGAUAUUUUAACUGUCCUUGGAAAACCUGGCAUAGAGUGCUUACUUGAGCCAUUAUCUUUUCCCGAAAGCGACAGUCCUUUUGGAGACGACAGGGUAAUGAAGAAUCUGAGUGAAAUAUAUACCAAGACUUUCGGCUCCGAAACUCGGUAUGCAAGUACUUACAGUUCCAGUACAAGCCAUGUUAUCUUCAUCCCAGUGGGUGCCAUACUUUUUUGCGUUAGUUUUUGCAGCUUUUACUGCCGUAGAAAGAAUCGUAGAAGGAAUGUCCAGGUAGUGAGGAAUUCUACCUUCGUGAGAAGCGUGGUAGUGCCAAUCCCUGCAGGCCCAACACCAUCUAAUAGAGACCUUCCUCCUGCCUAUAGUGACCUCCAGAACGAAGCUCCUCCGCCAUACUCGGAAAUCGACAAGCAGGUCUCGAGCCCAGCUCCAGCAGAAGGAAUCCCAGCGGAGUCGACUACUAGCGAUGAGGCAGCAGGAGAAGACAGGAACGCCAUGAAAGCCACUAACAGCAGCUCAUCUGAGACCUGUCAUUCAGCAAGCAGCACUUUCCUGUCAAGAAUGCUUGCCUCGCGACCCAAGAAUCAGUUUGAUUUCAAGCCCCUUAAGAACAAUGAAUAAUGAGCAUCAUUCAAAGGUUGUUACAUACUAUUUGUUGAACAGAUGCACUUGCGGAGAAGAAACGUCAGCAUAGGGGCCGGCAGAUUUUCAAGAUGCAUACAUCAUUAGUUUAAGAGAUAGCGGAGCAUUAUAGUUUGGCUUCAGAUGGCUUUACAAGUUACUGAUUAGAACAUCAGGAGGUUGACUACUCUACUUCCGCAAAGUCUUGGUUCGACACAGCUUUAAAAAUGUCCUGACCGCAAUACAAGAUUAUCAAUUAUUCUGACUCAUAAUCAAAUCAAAGGACCAACGAAUUCACGAUGUGCAUGCAAAAAAAAAUUAUUUCAGUCGGUGUCAUUCCGUGUUCAUUUAAUAUGAUUGUUCGUAGCUAUGACCCAAGACGUACUUCGUUCACUUACUGUUCGAGGCUAUGACCCAAGACGUGCUUCGUUCACUUGCUGUUCGAGGCUAUGACCCAAGACGUGCUUCGUUCACUUGCUGUUCGAAGCUAUGACCCACAGCCCGUCCUCCAUAGAUCCAAAAGUGAUUCCAUGCACCCGCCAAACCCCCUGUUUAUUAAUGAAAAACGGUUUACACACGACCCACAACUGAUUUCGUUCCAACACUUCCGGAACAAGUGCU